UGAAGUGAGUAAUACUGAUUGCAAUAAAAUAGGGGUAUAAAUAGAAACAUUCUUCUUAUUACUCUGCUGCAUCAUUUCUGGGUCUUAGUGACCUCAUUUGGGGUUUUCUUGGUAAACAUAACUGGAGUGAUUAGCCAUUUCCUCCAACUCAUUUUACAGAUUUAGAAACUGAAGCUAACCAGGGUCAGGGGAGAUGAGGGGGCGGGGCUUCCGCUCCAGAAGUGCCCUGAGGAAUAGCUGCAGUCAGGGAGAUUCAGGACCACAUUCCGGACCUGGGAGAGGGCCGAGCUCCAGGCAUGCGCAGAAGAUGCAGCCGUCUCCAGACUACAAUUCCCAGAAGGCAUUGCUCGCCCCAGGGGCAUUUUUCCAAGUCUCUGGCUGGAGGGUGGGAACUUCCUCCAAUGUCACUUCCCGAUGGCGCUCUUUGCUUUUCCGUUCUUCCUGCUGCUCGCUUCUUCUUCUUCUCUGUCUUGAGCCGACCUGGGACGGGAACCUCUGCCCCUUGUGGCCUCUGCUCAGCUCCAGUAGCUGGGAGCACUGAGGAAGAGAAAAUGGCUUCUGUUCUCCUGACAACCAGGCCCUACGUGGUAUCAGUGACAUUCCAGGAUGUGGCCGUGGAAUUCUCCUCAGAGGAGUGGACACAUUUGAACCCAUCUCAGAAAAAGUUAUACAGGGAUGUGAUGCUGGAAAACUAUAGGAACUUGGCGUCUUUGGGAUUUGCAGUUUCCAGACCAGAUGUGAUCUGUCAAUUGGAAAGAAAGGAAGUACCAUGGAUGCCAGAGGCAGAUGUUCUAAAAAGCAGCUGUACAGGGAGCAAAGAAUUUACUGGAGAGAAAGCUUAUGAAUGUAGUGAAUGUGGGAAGGCCUUCAGGAGUAAGAAACAACUUACUGUGCAUCAGAGAAUUCAUACUGGAGUGAAAUGUUAUGAAUGUAAGGAGUGUGGGAAGGCUUUCAUCUACAAUUCAGAAAUUAUUCUCCAUCAGAGAAUUCAUUCUGGAGAGAAGCCUUAUGAAUGUAGUGUAUGUAGGAAAGCCUUCAGGAGUAAGAAACAACUUACUGUGCAUCAGAGAAUUCAUACUGGAGAGAAACUUUAUGAAUGUAGUGAAUGCAGGAUGACCUUCAGGAGGAAGACACAUAUUACUUAUCAUCAGAGAAUUCAUACUGGAGAGAAACCUUAUGAAUGUAAUGAAUGUGGGAAGGCCUUCAGGAGUAAGACACAGCUUACUGUACAUCAGAGAACACAUACUGGAGAGAAACCUUAUGAAUGUAGUGUAUGUGGAAAUUUCUUCAGUAGGAAGGCAAAUCUUAAUAUGCAUCAGCGAAUUCAUACUGGAGAGAAACCUUAUGAAUGUAGUACAUGUGGAAAGGCAUUCAGGAGGAAGCCACCUCUUACUGUGCAUCAGAGGAUUCAUACUGGAGAGAAACCUUAUCAAUGUAGUCAAUGUGGAAAGACCUUCAGGAGUAAGUCACAUCUUACUGUGCAUCAGAGCAUUCAUACUGGAGAGAAACCUUAUGAAUGUAAGGAGUGUGGGAAGGCUUUCAUCUACAACUCAGAACUCAUUCUACAUCAGAGAAUUCAUACUGGACAGAAACCUUAUGAAUGUGGUGUAUGUGGGAAGGCCUUCAAUAGGAAGUCACAUCUUACUGAGCAUCAGAGAAUUCAUAUUGGUGAGAAACUUUAUGAAUGUAUUAAAUGUGAUAAAGUCUUCAGGCACAAGACACAACUUACAGUGCAUCAGAGUAUUCAUACUGGAAAGAUUCUUUAUGAAUGUAAGGAUUGUGGGAAGGCUUUCAUCUAUCACUCAGCUCUUAUUAAACAUCAGAGCAUUCAUACUGGAGAGAAACCUUAUAAAUGUAAUUUAUGUGGGAAAGCCUUUAAGAUUGAGCCACAACUUACAGUGCAUCAGAGAAUUCACACUGGAGAGAAACCUUAUGAAUGUAGUGAAUGUGGAAAGACCUACAGGAGUAAGAAACAGCUUACUGUGCAUCUCAGAGUUCAUCCUGGAAAGAUUCUUUAUGAAUGUAAAGAGUGUGGGAAGGCUUUUCACUACAAUUCAGCACUUAUAAAACAUCAAAGAAAUCACAUGGGAGAGAAAUCUUAUGAAUGUAGUGAAUGUAGGAAGGCCUUCAAUAGGAAGUCAUAUCUUACUGUGCAUCAGAGAAUUCAUACUGGAGAGAAACCUUAUGAAUGUAGUGAAUGUGGGAAAGCCUUCCGGAGGAAGGCAAAUCUCAAUAUGCAUCAGAGAAUUCAUAAUGGAGAGAAAUCUUAUGAAUGUAAUACAUGUGGGAAGGCUUUCCCUCUAAAGUCAGAUCUUACAAAACAUCAAAGAAAUCAUAGAACAGAAAAACCUUAUGAAUGUAGUGUAUGUGGGAAGACCUUCAAUAAGAAGUCACACCUUACUGUGCAUCAGAGAAUACAUACUGGAGAGAAACCUUAUGAAUGUAAGGAGUGUGGAAAAGCUUUCUUCUACAACUCAGGACUUAUUACACAUCAAAGAGUUCAUACUGGAGAGAAACCUUAUGAAUGUAGUGUAUGUGGGAAGGCCUUCAGUAAGAAGUCAAAUCUUACUCUGCAUCAGAGAAUUCAUACUGGAGAGAAACCUUUUGAAUGUAGUGAAUGUGGAAAGGCCUUCAAGAGUAAGGCACAACUUAAUGUGCAUCAGAGAAUUCAUACUGGAGAGAAACCGUAUGAAUGUAGUAUAUGUGGGAAGGCCUUCAGUAGGAAAUCACAUCUUACUGUGCAUCAGAGAACUCAUACUGGAAAGAGACCUUAUGAAUAUAGUGAAUUUGGGAAGUACUGUAGACAGAGGACACAACUUUAUGUCCAUCAGAGAAUUCAUACUUGAGAGAUUACUCAUAAAUGUAAAGAGUGGGAGGACCAUCACAAUUUAGAUUUUGUUGAAUAUCAUAGAAUUCGUACAAGUGAUGUUCCUUAUGAAUAUGGAAAGCCAUGAAGAAUCUAUUCUGCAGCGAAACCUUUAUGAGUUAGGUAAUGUAUGUGGGAAAAUACAUUUUUACUGAGGACACUUCUCUGAUGUCUAUCACAGAAUUCAUACUCUGUAUAACCUUUAUGAAUGUAAGGUAUAUGGGAGGAUCCCAUAGGUGUCUAGGCUAUGAUUCUGAGUUGUUAUAUCAAUUUUGGGUCCUUAUUUAGCUCCCAUGAAAGGAAAUAUCCCCCUUCCUCUGCAGAGCCCUUUGAUAGGAGAAAGAGUAAUGUUAUCCUCCCAUGGGCCUUCUGGUGUGGAAAGAAUAUGGUGGUUGAGCCUGAGGACACUGAGUGGAUGGUGGUGUUAGGAGAGACUUGGUAUUAACUUUAGUCCCUGGGUAAAUGGCAUGUAUGAGGCAUAUGGAUGAUCUCUUGACCCUCAGAUGAGCCUGAUGUAUGAUCAGUUCUUAUUGACUGCUUGAGGAAUAUAUCAUAAUCUAAGCUGUGUUCCUGAUGUUUGUGGUGCUUCUGCUCUUAUUUAUCAGGGUAAGCCCUGAUCCAUAAAGAUUUGGAAUCACAUAAAUUUUUUAAAAAUCCUAGUAAGGGUCUUUGGCAGAGAUUGAUGCUAUAUGAUUUCUGCCCAGUGUUCUGAAUAUCAAAGUGAAGGAAUUCAGUGGAAUGCUUGUAAACAGCAGGAGCAACUAUUACUCUUUUAAGGUUGCCACAGGUGUUAUCAUUUAAUUAGUGACAAAUGAAAAGAAUGUGAUUCUGAUUGUGGUUAAAGAUAUGAAUAGGGCAUUUUCAGAAGAAGAAAUCAAAGCUAUGAAUUGUCAUAGGAUAAAUGUUCUUAAUCACUUUCGACUAGAGAAAUGCAAAUGGAAACAACUCUGACAUAUCACCUCACACCUAUCAAAUUGAGUUACAUGAUAUUUAAGAAAAUGAUCGAUUCUGGGGGGGAUGUGGUAAAAUAAGGACACUAAUACACAGUUUACAACUGUUCCAACCAUUCUUGUGAACAAUUUUGAAGUAUUCCCAAAGGCCUACAAAACUGUGAAUUCUGUUUUACCCAGCCAUAGCAGUACUUGUUCUGUAUGCCAAAGAGAUUCAACUAAAAAGGAAAAGGACUUAUAUGUACAAAAAUAUUUAUAGCAGCUCUUUUUGUGGCAGCAAAAUAUUGGAAACUGAAGGGAUGCCCAUUGUUUGGGGAAUGGCUGAAUAAGUUCUUUAGAAUUGUAAUGGAAUUCUGUUUUGCUGUCAGAGGUGAUUGAUGGUAGCUGGAUGGCUUAGUAGAGAUAGCACUGUGCCUGGAGUCAUUAAAAACUGAGUUCAAAUAGGGCCUCAAUCGCUUAUUAGCUCCAUCACUCUGGACAAGUCAUUCAAGCUCUAUUUGCUUUAAUAUACUGGAGAAGGAAAUGGCUAAAUCACUCCAUUAUUUUUUCCAUGAUAACCCCCAUAAUGUGACCUCGCUGAAUCACUAAACAGCUUUAACAACAUGAAGAGAAUCAUUUCAGAAAAAGCAUAUGAAGACCUGUAUGAAUUGGUAUAGAGUGAGGUCAGCAGAAUGAAGUGGUCAUUUUGCUCAGUAACAGCAACAUUGUAAUGACCAGCUGUCAAAGACUUAGUACUUUGAUCAAGAUAAUUCCAAAGGACUCAUGAUGAAACAUACUAUCCACCUCCAGAAAGCUAACUGAUGAACUCAAUGUAAAUUGUAGUAUAAUUUUUUCCACUUUUUUUUUUACUGAUUCGUAUUGAAUAUUUUUGUAUGAUUCCAUAUAUAUAAUUUACAUAUUUCUUGCCGUAUCAAUGGGUGGGGGAGGGCUAGAAAGAAUUUUUGAAUUCAAAAUGUUAAAAGGAAUGUUCAAAAUAAAUAAUUUUUUAAAAAGUUAAAUGAUUAAACAAAAAGAUUUGGAAUCAGCUACAACAUGGACCAGAUUAUUGAACUCCUAGACUUGGGUCUUUCUGCAACAGAGAGGAAAAGCCUAAGAUUUCUACCAGUCUCCUUCAUUCUGAAUAAUCUGUUUGCCAGUUCUAGCCGGAUGGGUACAAAGUCCAGUGGAGGUCACUUUGGAAAGCUAAGCUUUGACUCUAGGGCAUGGAAGUUUUGAUGAGUUACUAACACACACAGCCAGAAGUUGCCUCUGCAGCUAGACUAAUCCUGGAAGAAGGUCACGUGGUCUAUUCUCUGUCAAAGUGUUAACAAAGAUCUACAAAUCACUACGUAUACUCCCAUCCUCUCAAUCACAAGUGUCCCGACACUCUCAGUUUCUGGAACUGCUGCUCUCUUCCAGCCCCUCUUCAGUGGUUUUGAGGCAUCUUCACACCUUCUGCAGAACAUGCUAUGUGUAAUCAGAUUGUAAAGAUAAGCUUGAGUCACAAUCCGGUGGGCUUUAACAUAGGAGUUAAUAUUUUAUCCUAGAAUCAGUAAGAAAGCAACAGAAUGAUAUGAUCUGAGAUAUUUAGAAAUAUCAAUUUGUUCAUUGUAUAGAGAAUGUGUUGGAAAGGAGCAAGACUGCCUGUGUGUCUAUUUUGGUCUGGACCUGUGUAGAAGUUACCUAUGUUCAUAGAGAUGGACAAUUCCUUUAUAAAUUCUUGUCCUACUCAAGCCAUGAUUUGAGAGGACUGAAGGUAAGUAUGAUGCUCACCUCUUUCUGCAGAGGUGAUGCAGAGGGGAAAUACAAAAUGUGAAUUAUAUUUUGGGUGUGACCAAUGUGGAAAUUUAUUUUGUUGGACUAUGCAUAUAUGAUAAAGUUUUACUUUUUUUUACAUCUCUUAUCUUUCUUGUUCAACAAUGGUGAAGGAAAAUAAUAAAAUAAAUUACAUUUUAGAUUAGGAAAAUUUUAAAUUGAUAACUUCUGUUAUUUGUCCAAACUUCCUGAGGUGGAAUGUGUUGACCACCAUUACAUAAAGAGUAAAAAUCAAGAAAAUAAUUACAGUAGGAAGAAUGAAUUCAAAGGAAUGGCAAUGAUGGACCAGAUAAAAGAGAAGGCUUGGGCAUUUACACUCUGCUGCCACAGACCAGGCUCUCCACCCUUAUGAGGGACUUGUGGAGAGACGACUAAAAUCGUUGGGACGGCAGAAUGUACUUGAGCAUUAGCAGCAAACAUCCCUGGAACGAUCAGGGGGAGAAAAGAGAAAGAUUAAGGUGGCCCUCCCAAGUAGCCAUCAUUAGAUAUGCCGUCUAUGCAGACUUUUACUGCUGAAUGUAAGCAGACAUUUAUCAGUGUAUGAGUUUGUUUUAAAUUAUUGUCCCCCACCAAGUGAGAGCUGGGAGGGAAUGGGGACUGUGUAGUCCCUUAUUAGUAAGACUAUUAGCAAGUAUAGUUGUCCCAGAUAGAAGGAGGGGCCAAAGGAUGGUGGGAGCUGGAAGCUGCAGUGGGUAGAGGGAGUAGGAGCUUGGGAGCUGUUUGGAGAACUGAUAGCAAAUAAGGGGCUCUGCUACUCAAAACUGAAUGUAAUCCAGAGCACUUGCAGCCUUGUUAACCCACUUAGGGCAUGAUCUGUCAAGACUGGAUGUUGAUGUUCUGCUGCUUUUGGGAGCUGAGUGAACUCAUUUUAACUUCACUUCCUUCUCCCCUUCAUCCUGCUUGGUGAAGUGACAUUACUUUUACCCUAUGUGUAUUUACUGUCUGCACUUUUACAAUGCGUUUUGGAUGGAGAAAAAACAAUAAGCUAAUUCUGUCAAAUUCUAAGCAAGUGUUUGCUGUCAAUGAUUGGACCUCUCUGGAGAAGGAGAAAGGGGAAAAUUUGGACAUCUAACCCGGAACUUGGCCAGGAGCUUCAUAUUUAAGGGUUCUCCUGAGCCCCACCCAAAGCAACAAAGGGAAGACAUAUGUGUUUUAUUAGUUUUGAGAUGGGAGGGUUUUCAUUUUGUUUUGUUUUCUUUUUCAAGACUGAAACUUCAUAUGUCCAAAGUGGUUUCUGGA